AUGAAAAAGAAAGAGGUUGCUGUAGUUGUAGUGAGGUGUUGGUGUUUUUUGAUUCAGAAGAAAGACUUCGGUGUCUCUGUCACGGUUAUGAUAGGCAAGGUUUUCUACAGAAGGAGACAAGGUUGGAAACUCAAGCCAAAAAGAAGACAUCGUUGUGCACUUGCGAGGGGCAAUGGUACUAUAUUGUGA